UCCCUUGGCCUCAGCAUCAAUUCCAAGUUUUAGAAAAAAAAGAUGUCUCUAGUGACUGAAGAGAUCAAAGGCAGCGCUUCAGAAAUUUACCAUGGAGAUGAGAUAUGUCAAGAGAAAUCAAAGUUUCUGCUGGAGGAAAUGGGCAUGCCCAGUGGACUUUUGCCCCUCAAAGACAUUGAAGAAUGUGGGUAUGUGAAGGACACUGGUUUCGUGUGGCUGAAACAAAAGAAGAGCAUAACCCACAAGUUUGACAAGAUUGGUAAGCUUGUUUCCUAUGCAACUGAGGUCACAGCUGUGGUUGAGAAAAACAAGAUCAAGAAGCUCACUGGGGUGAAGACCAAGGAGCUUCUGGUUUGGAUCACACUCAGUGAUAUCUAUGUUGAUGAUCCACCAACUGGGAAUAUCACUUUCAAGACACCUGCUGGGCUGUUCAGAACUUUCCCUGUAUCAGCGUUUGAGGUUGAAGGUGAAGUUAAGGGUGCUGUUAAGGACAAGAAAGAAGAAAAGGAUAAUGUGAAGCCUGCUGCUGUGGAAGCAGUGAAAGAGGUCUAGAGUAGUGAGACUGGAAUUAAAUUUCCAAAUUCCAUCCAUCUGCGGGGUUGCUUUUGGAUUUGCUAUCUUUUAACAAGCCUCUUCUAUUAAUAUCAUCAAUAGCAGCAAUCAAUAAAAAAUAACAGCAUGUUAGUGUACAUUCAGAACACUAAUGUUGCAUCGCAUUGCAAGUCAAAUUGCAUGGACCAUAUUAUAUUUCAGGUACGACCUUGCCUGAGGCUGAGAUACCUAUACUUGUAUGUCGCAAAAACUAGUACUGUCCUCUUUAUGAGUUAAAUCAAAGAGAAUAAAUAAUUGACUACUACUAUUGCUGCAA